AUGAAGAAGAACGCACUUUGGUUUCUGUGCGUUUUGGUGUUACCGGCGAUAGCUUUUGGUAGUAAGGAGGAAGACCUGGUCACCGGUUUACCCGGUCAACCAUCGGUUAACUUCAGACAUUACGCUGGUUACGUGAAUCUCGGACCACAACAGAAGCAAAAGGCACUUUUCUAUUGGUUCUUCGAAGCUCAACACAACUCUUCUCACCUUCCUCUCGUCCUCUGGCUCAACGGAGGACCUGGUUGCUCAUCGAUCGCUUUUGGAGCUGCGCAAGAACUAGGCCCUUUCCUUGUUCAUACCAAAGGUGGCAACCUUACCUUCAAUAACUUCUCUUGGAACAAAGAGGCCAAUAUGUUGUUCUUGGAAGCUCCGGUAGGGGUUGGGUUCUCGUAUAGCAAUAACUCAAUGGAUCUUCAAAAUCUUGGAGAUCAAGUUACUGCGGAGGACUCUCUUGUUUUCUUGAUCAACUGGUUCAAGAAGUUUCCCGAAUUUCGAUCCAACAAAUUUUACAUCGCUGGAGAGAGUUAUGCAGGUCACUAUGUUCCUCAGCUUGCGGAGGUCAUUUACGACCGGAACAAGAAGGUUACAAGAGAGUCUCACAUCAAUCUCAAGGGUUUCAUGAUAGGAAACGCAGUGAUCGAUGAUGCUACGGACACAGCAGGAAUAGUCGACUACGCAUGGAGCCAUGCGAUAAUAUCGGACAAUCUUCAUAAACUCAUUCAUGACUCAUGUCGUUUUGGAGAGAAACUAAACCAAAACGAAACCGCACAAUGCGUCAAAAGUUUUAUAGGGUUUGCGAGAGCUUACGUCGAGAUCAAUAUAUACAGCAUCUACACUCCUAUAUGUCUCUCCUCCAUCUCCUCGUUAUCAUCUCCAAGAAAAGUUCAUACACGACUUACUUCACAAGGAUUGUGGGAUAGUUUGCCGUCUGGCUAUGACCCGUGCACGGAAGGCUACACGGAGAAGUAUUUCAAUAGAAAAGACGUACAGAGCGCGCUCCACGCAAACAUCACAAACAUUCCUUAUUCCUACAAAUCUUGCAGUGCGGUGAUAAAAUGGAGUGAAGCGCCGACCACCGUGAUUCCCAUCAUUCAGAAGCUCUUAAAGGGCGGUCUCCGCAUUUGGAUCUAUAGUGGAGAUACGGAUGGGAGAGUUCCAGUAACAUCUACAUGUUAUAGCAUAAAGAAAAUGGGACUUAAGGUGGAGUCAUCUUGGAAGUCAUGGUUUCACAAGAAUCAAGUGGCUGGAUGGGUUGAGACUUAUGCCGGAGGACUAACUUUUGCAACCCUGAGAGGCGCUGGUCACCAGAACCAGAGGAGGACAUAA